AUGUUAAUGAAAGAUGGCAUGAAUUCCCGGUUAUUGUUGGACUGUGCAAAAAGUUGCAUAUUGGCUUCUUCUCCUGUUUUCAGAAGGCAACAAUUCUUGAUACGGUGUGUGGGAGGCUCCAUUGAUCAUCAACCCCAUUCUAGAAAUAUGCAAGCCCUAAGGUCUAUUGAGGUUGACUCUGAGAGUCUUAUUCGAGCAAUUACUCCUGCCCUUGAUCCUACCAGACAUAAAGGCCAGGCAGGAAAUAUAGCUGUUAUUGGAGGCUGUCGUGAAUACACAGGAGCUCCAUAUUUUGCUGCAAUUUCGGCCUUAAAAAUUGGUGCAGAUCUGUCCCAUGUUUUUUGUACAAAAGAUGCUGCUCCUGUCAUCAAAAGCUACAGUCCUGAGUUGAUUGUGCACCCUAUUUUGGAAGAAUCUUAUAGUGUCGGGGACGAAAACAAGAGAUCCGUAUCAAGCAAGGUUCUUGCUGAAGUUGAUAAGUGGAUGGAAAGAUUUGACUGUCUUGUUAUUGGCCCAGGCCUUGGAAGAGACCCAUUUCUUCUAGAUUGUGUAAGUGAAAUCAUGAGACAUGCAAGACAGUCAAAUAUCCCAAUAGUUAUAGAUGGGGAUGGACUUUUUCUUGUUACAAAUAAUCUUGACCUUGUUAGUGGCUACCCCUUAGCUGUUCUAACACCAAAUGUCAAUGAAUAUAAGCGUCUUGUACAGAAAGUACUGAGUUCUGAAGUAGAUAACGUAGAUGCUCCUCAAGAACUGCUAUCUCUUGCCAAGCAGAUUGGUGGUGUUACUAUCCUAAGGAAAGGAAAUUCUGAUCUUAUAAGUGAUGGUGACACAGUCAAAUCAGUGAGCAUCUAUGGUUCUCCAAGACGUUGUGGUGGCCAAGGUGAUAUCCUUUCUGGAAGUGUAGCUGUCUUCUUGUCAUGGGCACGUCAACAUAUAUUGACUGCUGAUUCAAACUCGAAUCUCAGUUGCAAAAAUCCAACAGUUUUGGGAUGCAUUGCUGGGUCUGCUAUAUUGAGGAAGGCUGCAUCACUUGCUUUCCUGAAUAAGAAUAGAUCCACAGUCACUGGUGACAUCAUUGAAUGCUUGGGAAAAAGUUUGGAAGGCAUUUCUCCUGCCAGUUAA